AUGCCAGCUCGUAGCUUUGUGUCCAACGGCGCUCCUGCUAGUAAAGUGAAGUAUUCCAGGUUGGCCACUCAUGACGACGGCUACAUUGAUUUACAGUUCAAAAGAAGCCCACCCAAAGUCCCAUACAAAGCCAUAGCACUCGCCACAGUCCUUUUUUUGAUUGGCACUCUGUUAAUCAUCAUUGGUUCUCUUCUCCUGGCUGGAUACUUUGGAGUCACUCACUCUGACCGCACCGUUCCCGUCCUGGUGAUAGGAAUCCUUGUUUUUCUUCCUGGAAUUUACCACCUGCGGAUAGCUUAUUACGCAUCGAAAGGAUACCCAGGAUAUUCCUAUGACGACAUCCCAGACUUUGAUGAUUAA